CUCUAACAAAUAUUCAACCACUCCCAACAAUUCUCCAUUAAUAAAACAUUCAGCUUGCAUAAAUCUUUUCUAAAAUUUUCAUUUUCAAACCAGAAAAAUUGUUACAAAAACUUAGUCCACACUCCCCAUGUCUAUAUAAACAUUAACUCAAGCAAACAAUAAUAACACAAAAUAUACCUAGCGAAAGAAAAAAAAAGACUAACAAAAUGGCCAAGUCUUUUGCUCUGUUUCCAACCCUUAUGAUACUCGGCUUCUUCAUAAUCUCUUCGCCUCUGGUCCAAGCCGGCUUCACCAAUGACCUCGACGGUCUGGAAUGGGCCACGACCGGUGUCCAUGACUCCUCAAGCUGCCACGGUUCAAUAGCAGACUGUAUCGGAGCAGAGGAAGAGGAAAUGGACUCAGAGAUCAGCAGAAGAAUAUUGGCGACAACAAAGUACAUAAGCUAUCAAUCUUUGAAGAGGAACAGUGUGCCAUGUUCGAGAAGAGGCGCGUCUUAUUACAACUGUCAGAACGGAGCUCAGGCUAAUCCUUAUAGUCGUGGUUGCAGCUCAAUUGCUCGUUGCAGGAGUUAGGUCCACAAAGAAGCUCUCCUCUCUUCUUUAUGCUUUCUUAUAGUUAUACGGUCCUCAUAAGUUGGAUUUGGAUGUGAAUAACCUUUGUUUGUUCUAUGAUCCAUGCAUGAACUGAUUAGUUUUCUUUAAAGCUUUGAAUAUUUCAUGUGUACUCUUUCUCUCUCUCCUGCACAAUAAUACUAAAAAGGCUUAUGUUUGAUCAA